AUGACUGCCAGAGUGUUUGGCCCUCUCUUCCGCAGAACUGGUCAAAGUCUGUUCCGCAGAGGUGUUGCACUUCAAGGUCAACUCGCAUCAGAAGAUAGAUUGGUCCAAUCACUCAGAUGUGUAGCUAUAUCAGACUCUAAGUACCCAAGACUAUUAGAUAGUGACUGGGUUGCCCCUAAUGCUACAGUUGUAGGUGAUGUUACUCUUGGUCAAGGUUCAUCUAUCUGGCACGGUGUAAACAUAAGAGGUGAUACUGCUUCAGUUUAAAUCGGAAAGAAUUGCAUUAUUUCAGAUUUGGCUUUAAUCAGCAGCAUCAAUAGAAGAAAUGGAGAUUAAGUAGUUAUUGAGGAUAAUGUAUAUGUUGGACCAAACGCCACUCUCGAUGCUUGUCAUUUGGAAAGCUUCAGUUAUGUUGGUAUGGGAUCAACAAUUGGAAGAGGUGCUGUUGUUGAAAGCUUUGCUGUAGUUGCAGCAGGUGCUUCAAUCCCAGAUGGUGCUACAGUCCCAUCAGGCUAAAUUUGGGCUGGUUCUCCUGCUCACUAUCUCAGAGAUUUAACUCAAGAAGAGAAGCAUAUUAUCUCUGAGAGUAAUAUCGAGCAGCAGCAACUUGCUUAGAUUUACAAUGAAGUUACUGAAAGAACAUUCAGAGAGUAAGUUGAAGCUUUGGACAACUUUAUCAAGUACUUGAGAGCUGACUUAUCUUCAAAAGUUGAGGAUAAACUUGCUGAAUUUGGUAUGCCUUCAACUCAUGACGACUUCGAUUAUAUUGAACAUAGAGUCUAUCAUGAUUAUGUUGGUACUGUUGAUUAUGAUAUCAAGGAUCCCAACCACACCUAUGGAGAUGAAACAAAAGCUUGGCUACCUUAUGAGUAAGAUCUUACUCCUUAUCCAGAAGUUUUCCAUAAAUAUCAAGAAAACUACAAGAGAUACGAUGAAGUAAAAGCUAGAUUUAACAAUGAGCAACCAUUGCAAGAGCAAGGGGAGAGUCCAUUUACUCGUAAACUACCAAAGGACAUGUCCCCCUGGGAAGCUAAGUACGACAUGGCUAUGCCAAAAUACACUGGUUCUCUCUGUCAAUGA